AGUAGGUAGGUCUCUUCGUCAGCAAGGACGCUUCGAGAGGUCUGGGAAUAAGCAAGCCGGGAGCGUUGCAGAAGGAAGACAGGAGAGAUGGUCUUCUACUCCCUUGUACUCGUGAUGAAGCCGCGUCCGCGGAAGUUCACUUCACAGGCGCUCCGCGAGAUCGCCGUCAACAUCUACAACCACGGAGGCCUCCUUCGUAAAAUGUCGAAUGAGGGAAUUCUUCGCCCUUACAGUCGAUUCCGUGAUGCCGACAACACAGCCAUCACGUACGCCCGCUACGUCACGGUGCAGCUAGAUAUCGGUGAGGAGCAGAUGAACAAGGUGGAAAAGAUUAUUCGCGAGCACGCCGAUGUGAACAUCACGUUGCGGCUGAACAACCUGGAGCGUCCUCCUGGGGUGAAGCACAAUAAGCAAAAUGCAGCGUCGUACUUCCCGCUCGACACGUUUACCCGCUUGGAGGAGGAGAUCAACUGGCCGCCGCAGGUGUCAGGAGAUGUGUAUGAGCAGCUAGACAUGAACUGGAAGGAGUUCUCGCGUACGCGAUGGUCCAACUAUCUUCGCAGCUAG